AUGUCGGCGUCUGCGGCGGGGACAGGCGUCCCCUGGAGGAACAACAGCUUCAUACUGGGAGGGGGCCGGGACCCUCCUCUAUCUGAUCAGGGGGAGACCAUCAUCGGGGUGUACCUGCUGCUGCUGGGUUGGCUCUCGUGGUUUGGAAACAGUAUUGUCCUCUUCGUGUUGUACCGACAGAGAGCCACGCUGCAGCCCACAGACUACCUGACCUUUAACCUGGCCGUGUCAGACGCCAGCAUCUCUGUGUUUGGAUACUCACGAGGAAUCAUCGAGAUCUUCAACGUGUUCCAGGACAGCGGCUUCCUCAUCUCCUCCAUCUGGACCUGCGAGGUAGAUGGUUUCUUCACACUGCUUUUUGGCCUGAGCAGCAUCAACACUCUGACAGUGAUCAGCAUCACCCGCUACAUAAAAGGAUGUCACCCCAACAAAGCCCAUCACAUCAGCUGGACCACUGUGUCAGUCUGUCUGGUGUUCAUCUGGUUCACAGCUGGAUUCUGGUCUGGAGCCCCCUUGCUGGGCUGGGGCAGCUAUAAAGACCGUGGUUACGGGACUUGUGAGAUCGAUUGGGCCAAAGCAAGUUAUUCGGCCGUGUACCGGUCCUACAUCAUCUCCAUCUUCAUAUUCUGCUUCUUCAUGCCUGUGCUCAUCAUGCUCUUCUGCUACGUGUCCAUCAUAAACACGGUAAAGAGAGGGAAUGCGCUGUCUGCUGAGGGCGACCUGACCGACCGCCAGAGGAAGAUCGAGAGAGAUGUCACCAUUGUUUCCAUAGUGAUCUGCACUGCCUUCAUCCUGGCCUGGUCUCCGUACGCUGUGGUGUCCAUGUGGUCUGCGUGGGGCUUCCACGUCCCCAACUUGACCAGCAUCUUCACCCGCCUUUUUGCCAAAUCAGCCAGCUUCUACAACCCGCUCAUCUACUUUGGCCUCAGCUCUAAGUUCAGGAAGGAUGUGGCAGUGCUGCUGCCGUGCACCCGCGAUGCCAAGGACACCGUCAAACUGAAGCGUUUUAAGCCCAAGGCCGAUGCCCACGGCCGGCCUGCCGCAGGGGGCGGGGCCAGACUCAAAGUCAAGAGGUACACUUCCCUGAAGCAUCAGAAACUCGCCCACAGUCCAGACUCAGGCAUGGGGAGCCCUCCCAGCACGCCACCGCCACCUGCCAACAAGGAAGUGUUCUACAUAGAAGUCCCCCAACCAUCUGAGAACUCUGAGUACGAGUGUGCACGACUCUGA